GGCCUGGCUUGGGCAUUAAGCGCAAUGAAUGGGUCUUCUUAUAGACGCCCGCCCAUCGUUAGCCGAUCUGUCACCUUCACGAGCUUCGUCGUGAAUAAGCGAGCGUCACAGUUCGGUGGAGGUCAUAGAGGAUCCAGAUGUAGUGUAGGUCUGACUUCGCAUUAGCUGUCCGAGCUGUGAACGGAUCGCUCCACUUCCCCGUUCCAAUGAACUGUGACUCGUUACCACUGCAAAGCACUUUUGAACUUACUACCGCACAUCAUUUUUCUUUCUGGUCUAUUGGUAUUACACUGUCCUCUGGCAUCAGGCAUAAUUCCAAUUACCGCAAAAGCGCACGCCAGGUGGCAGGAUCCGACCCCAAAGCGCACAGACCAUGUUGGUCCUUCCCCGCUUGCCGCCCAUGCAUUCGUUCUCGGUUUACUACAAUUUUUCGCAGAAUAAAGGUCUUCUUCCAAUCGGGUUCUUUGUUCUCUGGGUCUCGUCCGAAAUUCUGGUUGACCACAAGUCGGAAACUCCUGUUAACAUCCAUAUCCACCUCGCUUUCACGGAAGCCAUCAAACUAUUCGUUACGUUGGGAUUAUACUCCGCGAGACGAAAAUACUUCCGCUACGAUUGGUUCCCUUCACUCGACCAUUGCCGACAUGACAACGAAGAUCAGCCAUUGAGCAAUAUUAGUCUCUCACUCGAAGGCAGUCACGAGUCUUUUACCCCCAGGAACAUUCGGAUCGGUGAGGUGGCAGAAAUAUAUCCUCCGUCUGCCUGGUCAUAUCUUGGUGACGGGCAGUCAAGUUUGUCUAUUCUUGUUAUAUCCGCGCUUUACUCGCUACGUGCCUAUGCGAUUUCUCAAAGCAGGGAACACAUUGAUCCACUCGCGCAGUACCUUGUGAUCCCCGCGGCGAGUCUCUGUUCGCUAUUUGUGCUGCGCACGUUCUUUUGCAGAACGUGUGCUCCACAACUGUGGUAUGCUGCUCUUCUACAGUUUUGCGGGGUAUUCAUCGUUCGGAGCGGUCUCAUUAGCCGCUCAAGUGACUUGCCAUAUCUCUCGUUGCUCGCGUCUGCGCUCAGCAUUUCGUUUUCUGACUCCCUGGUCGACAUUAUAUACAAAUCACACCGUCCGUCAUCUUUCGAUGCAAUCAACCUGCUCAUCUUCGCUUUCGGGUGUCUUGCCCAUUUAUCACUUUAUAUUUUCAGCGUAACAUUCCUUGGCACAAGAAGUCAUAGUUUUGGAUCGCACGCGCAAUUGAUUGCACUGACUCUGUCAUGUUUAUCGGAGGCCGGUCGAGACAUAUCCGCUCUCUAUGUCAUAUACUAUUACGACGUCAUUCUAGAAAGCAUCACGACCGUGCUUGCCUCGAAUGUUGUCCUUUUUUUCCUGAUUGCAGGUUUCCUCAACGAACCGGGUGUAUUCAUAGGAUGUCUUCUCGCAUUGACAGCAGCGGGCAUAUUCGUCUUUAGUACAAGACAGACCGCGGAGGAAGGUGUCGGAUCUGAAUGCGUGACUCGGCCCCGCUACCCGGUCGUAUUUGCACUGGUACUGGUUGUCUAUCUGCUUUACGUGUCAUUCGCAAUGACGCAUGAGAAUGUUUGGACAUCGCGCGCGCCGAGACCGCAGUGGGGUUCCACCUCGGAGCCCAAGCAAGGCACCUGUCGCCGCCGGCCUUUAUCAUCUCAUCUGCACAGAAAGACGCCACUGGAAAAUUACGAUCGCUUCGACAACAUUCUGCUAGUAGUGUUCUUCAGCCACGCACGUUACGGCGCCAACCUAGAUUACCACCGAGAAGUAUAUUCUGAUUAUUUUCCAAAUAUUCUCUACAUUGGACCUGCCUCCCGUGAAGACGCAGGCUUUGAUCACUCCUACGAUAUCUUUGUAGACUCAUACCAUUCUGAUGAGGAUCUAUCUGAUCCGUCAUACUAUAAGAUGGCAGGACGUAUGGCUCACCAUAUGCUGUACACUGCCCUCCAGGAGCACGGGUGUUAUGAUGGCUACCUAUGGGUGCCAUUCGACACUCUGCUGAAUAUUCCACGAUUGGAAAAAUUCAACCAGGAACUUUUUUGGUAUCAUUCACCAUGGGGCCUGCCUGUUUUUAACCCCGCACAGGAUAAUAGCCUUGACCUCGGCCUUCAUGCACCCCCUGUCAACGUAUCGCCGGAUCCGUCCAUCAAUCUCACGGAAACAUGGAGGGGAUGGGGACCCGACUGGUGGUGGGGCGAUCCACACGUGGGAGUUGGAGUCUGCAUGGAAGCAUUCCAAAAAGUGCCCGCGCACUUGAGAGAACGCCUCGCUGCAUUCACCAAUGGUGAAACGCGCCUUAUCGGAGGCUCCGCAGAUACGAUGUACAUCCCAGGGCGGCACCGCAGGAUCUUUAUGGAGGUAUUGGGCCUGUUCCUCGAGACGACGUGCUUUCUUGAGAUUGCUGCGCCUACAACGCUGCAUUUGGUCGCACCUCACCACGAGCCGAUUCUUUUUGUGGAACAUUGGUGGAUAUAUCAGCCGCCGUUCAAUGUGUCUUUUGUGAGGCAAAAGUGGGAGGAGGGAUAUGAGGUGGACACGUUUCAUACUUUCCACUGGGGUGAGCGCGAUAGUGAUGAUGUGUGGAGGGCGAACUACGAGAAUGUUGUGGAUAUCCGACGCAUGUUGAGGGACUCGGCGGAGAGACAGCGGAUUAUCUUUCCUGUCAGAAACGAGACGCUUGCGGGAUGAAUGGGGCCCCGCUUCGAUUAGUCUCUUCUUAUCAGACCAUAACAGAAGGAAGACUGCCGUUCCUUCUAUAUAAUAUGAUUCAACCAAGGGAGGUUGAAACCUUUUCCGAUACUCGUAACUUAGGUACCGAAGCGAUAAUAAUACGAAACAGAGCAAAUACAAUAUAAAUACAUCU